UCAGCCCCUCUCCUGGAAGCCUGCUAGGCAGGUAAGGUGUCUCCUCUGUUAUCUGCGGGGAAAAGAAAAAGCCCCUUCUCUCACCAGGCAUUACAGCCAAGACCGGACUACAAACCAGGAACCCCAGGUUUGCUAGGACUCGAAAAACAGAAGGCUUGGGGGCAUCCCAAGGGUCUGAAUAACAGGCAGACAGAGCCCAUGGUCUGAGGCUGCUGUCUCCUCCCCACCUACCCUGAUCUCAGCAGGAGCAGCAUGCCUGGACCUCCCAGGUUGUCCCCAGACCCCAGCUGCCCCUACAGCAGGAUGCCCUGGGGCCUGGGGCUCUCCCCGUGGAAGACUGCAGUCAUCCUGAGUCUGCUUCUGUCCAGCACUGCCCUGUCCCCCAGGUCAGGGCAGACCAAGAUUCCUCUGGAAACGGUCAAGCUGUGGGCAGACACCUUUGGCAGAGACCUGUAUGACACUGUGACCAAAUACUCGGGCUCCCUCUUGCUGCAGAAGAAAUAUAAGGAUGUGGAGCCCAGUCUGAGGAUCCAGGCGGUGGAUGGCCUGGAGCUGGUGAGGAAGUUCUCAGAGGACAUGGAGACCAUGCUACGCAGGAAAGUGGAGGCUGUAAAGAAUCUGGUAGAGGCUGCCGAGGAGGCUGACCUGAACCAUGAAUUCAAUGAAUCUCUGGUGUUUGACUAUUACAACUCAGUCCUGAUCAAUGAGAGGGAUGCAAAUGGCAAGUACGUGGAGCUGGGGGCUGAGUUUGUCCUCGAGUCCAAUGCGCACUUCAGCAACCUGAUGGUGAACACGUCCCUCAGUAGUGUGCAGCUGCCCACCAACGUGUACAACAAAGACCCAGAUAUUUUAAACGGAGUCUACAUGUCUGAAGCCUUGAACACUGUUUUUGUGGAGAACUUCCAGAGAGAUCCAACACUGACCUGGCAAUAUUUUGGCAGCUCAACUGGAUUCUUUAGGAUCUAUCCAGGCAUCAAAUGGACGCCUGAUGAGAAUGGAGUCAUCACCUUCGACUGCCGGAACCGUGGCUGGUACAUACAAGCUGCUACUUCUCCCAAGGACAUAGUUAUUGUGCUGGACACGAGUGGCAGCAUGAAGGGGCUGUGGAUGACAAUAGCCAAGCAUACUAUCUCCACCAUCUUAGACACACUGGGAGAGAAUGACUUUGUUAAUAUCAUUGCGUACAAUGACUACAUCCAUUACAUCGAGCCUUGUUUCAAAGGGAUCCUUGUUCAGGCCAAUCGAGACAACCGUGAGCAUUUCAAACAGCUGGUGGAUGACCUGAUGGUUAAAGGGGUGGGGGUCGUGGACCAAGCCCUGAGGGAAGCCUUCCAGAUCCUGAAGCAGUCCCAAGAGGCCAAGCAAGGAAGCCUCUGCAACCAGGCCAUCAUGCUGAUCUCGGACGGAGCUGUGGAGGACUAUGAGCCUGUGUUUGAGGAAUACAACUGGCCGGACCGCAAGGUUCGAGUUUUCACUUAUCUUAUUGGGAGAGAAGUCACUUUUGCAGACCGCAUGAAGUGGAUCGCAUGCAACAAUAAAGGCUACUACACACAGAUCUCCACGCUGGCUGACGCUCAGGAGAACGUGAUGGAGUACCUGCAUGUGCUCAGCCGCCCCAUGGUCAUCAAUCAUGACCACGACAUCAUCUGGACUGAAGCCUACAUGGACAGCAAGCUCUUCACCUCACAUGCACAGAACCUGAGGCUCCUCACCACAGUAGCCAUGCCAGUCUUCAGCAAGAAGAAUGAAACGCGGUCCCACGGCAUUCUUCUAGGGGUAGUGGGCUCUGAUGUGUCCCUGAGAGAGCUGAUGAAGCUGGCACCCCGGUACAAGCUUGGAGUACAUGGAUAUGCCUUUUUGAACACUAACAAUGGCUACAUCCUCUCACACCCUGACCUUCGACCACUGUACAGAGAGGGGAAGAAACUGAAACCCAAACCUAACUACAACAGUGUGGACCUUUCUGAGGUGGAGUGGGAAGACCGAACUGAAACUCUGAGAACAGCUAUGAUCAAUGGGGAAACAGGUUCUCUCUCUAUGGAUGUGAAGGUUCCACUGGACAAAGGGAAGAGAGUUCUUUUCCUGACCAAUGACUACUUCUUCACAGACAUCAGUGAUACACCUUUCAGUUUGGGAGUGGUGCUGUCCCAGGGCCACGGAGAAUACAUCCUGCUGGGGAACACAUCUGUGGAAGAAGGCCUGCACGACCUUCUGCACCCGGAUCUGACCCUGGCCAGUGACUGGAUCUACUGUAUCACGGAUAUUGACCCAGACCACCGGAAGCUCAGCCAGCUGGAGGCCAUGGUCCGCUUUCUGACAGGAGAGGACCCAGACCUGGAGUGUGAUGAGGAGCUGGUGCAGGAGGUACUGUUUGAUGCGGUGGUGACGGCCCCCAUGGAAGCUUACUGGACAGCACUGGCUCUCAACAGCUCAGAGGACUACCAGCGCGUGGCAGACAGAGCCUUCCUGGGCACCCGGGCCGGCCUCCUCAGAAGCAGCUUGUUCGUGGGCUCUGAGAAGAUCUCCAACAGGAAGUUUCUGACCCCUGAAGACAAGGCCAGCAUGUUCACCAUGGACCACUUUCCUCUGUGGUACCGCCAGGCCACUGAGCAGCCUGCUGGCAGCUUUGUCUUCAACCUCUAUUCUGCAGAGGAGCCAGAAGGUCCAGGUGAGCCGGCGGUGGUAACAGCAAGCACAGCUGUAGCUGUGACCGUGGAUAAGAAAACAGCCAUUGCUGCAGCGGUGGGUAUCCAAAUGAGGCUGGACUUCCUGCAUCACCUGUUCUGGGCAGCCACGCAGCAGUGCAGUGCUGGGGAUGGGCUGUGCCCACAGAGCUGCCGGGACAGUGACCUGGACUGCUUCGUCAUUGACAACAACGGGUUCAUCCUGAUCUCAGGGAGGCCCCAGGAGACAGGAAGAUUUCUGGGGGAGGUGGAUGGUGCUCUCAUGACCCAGCUGCUCAGCAUGGGGGUGUUCAGCCAAGUGACCUUGUACGACUAUCAGGCCAUGUGCAAACCCCCGAAUCACCACCACAGCGCCGCCCGGCCCCUGGUCAGCUGGAGCACCUGGGGCUCCUGGCGUGCGCCCAGUGGGGCCGAGGCCAAGGCUGUCUUCCAUCACACCCACAAGCACCAGAGGCAGGACGCGCUGCAGCCCUGCGACACUGAGUACCCCGUGUUCGUGCACCAGAGGGCCAUCCAGGAGGCCAACGGGAUCAUCGAGUGCGGGGCCUGCCAAAAAAGUCUCCAGAAGGGGUGCUUUUUCCCCCUUGAAGCCCAAUGGCAAGCCCACCAUGGGGAAGUUCCCUGGCCCGACCUCUCUCUGUGCUGCAGGGUGUUUGUGAUGCAUCAGAUCCCCAACAGCAACCUUCUCCUUCUGGUGACAGACCCCACCUGUGACUGUAGCAUCUUCCCACAAGUCCUACAGGAGGCUACAGAAGUCAAAUAUAAUGCCUCUAUCAAGUGUGACAGGAUGCGCUCCCAGAAGCUCCGCUGGCGACCAGACUCCUGCCAUGCCUUCCAUCCAGAGGAGAACGCCCAGGACUGUGGCGGUGCCUCAGAAACCUCAGCCUCUCACCCCUUGCUCCUGCUGCCUCUGUGCGCCUGGCUGCUGCCACCCCAGCUGCUGCGGUGACACUGAUUCUGUCUGACCUCUGUUUUGACAAGGUGAUCUUUCCAGAGACAUUUUAUAGUGUCAGCAACUAAUGUGGGAGCCAGCUCACUACAACUGGGCUAUCACACAGGUCAUCUCCCCUCAACCUUGAGCGAAUGGUCUCUGCCUCCUGAAAUUGCUGGAUGCAACCAGAAACCCCUUCCCAAAAACUAGGGUGCCUGGAACCAGCCCACGCAUCUCGAUGGACAUUGUCUCAGCCUUCCCACCUCCUCUUAAGGAGCCCAGCAUGAGCUCAACUAGGACCAAGACAAAACGAUUUAGUACCAUUUAUUCUCCAGAAGUCCAGACCCAGCCAAAGAAAUAGUCAGCUGCUUCUCAUGAACCUGUUUGCUCUUUAGUAGAACCCAAGGACUUAAAGGUACUGAGAAAGAGGAGCAGAAUGUGACCAACAAUACCAACAGCUGGAAUGAGACAAAGGCAAGAACAAGCCCCCACCUAAAACAUACCUGCCUCAACAUGCGAUGCAUGGUGGGGGUAGUUCAGUUUCUUUCCUUCUGCUGCUCAAAAAAGUUCUAAUUCUGUAUGUGU